AUGGACCAGGCGGCGAUGAUGAAGCGUGUCAUGGAGAUACAGAGGGAUCCCAACCUCACAGACGCCGAGAAGGCGGUGAGGCGGCAGCAGUUGAUGUCCGGAAAGUGGGCAGCGCCUGCCGAGGAGGAAGGGGACCAGGAGGACGGAGCAGUGAAGUCCGAGCCCAAGCCCGAGCAUGGGCUGUCCAACACCCUUCAGUGCACCAUCUGCCACGAGCUCUGUAAUCGCCCUGUCACUGCUCCCUGCCAGCACAACUUCUGCCUCAAGUGUUUCCAAGACCAUGUCAACAAGUCGAAGAAGAAAUGCUGCCCCACCUGUCGUACAGAGUUCAGUGCCAAGUUCUGCGCAAACCCUCGCAUCAACACCGCGCUCACGAUGGCCAUCCGUGCCUUCAAGAUCGGCACCGUCAACCCCUCCUCCAAGCCCUUUGAGCGCAUCAACGACGCCGACCGCCCAGACGAGGCCUUCACCACGGAUCGUGCUGUGAGGGCCGGGCGUGCCAAUGCCGCCAGCGGCCGCAUCAUGGUGACGGUGCCCAACGACCACUUUGGCCCCAUCCCUGCCAGCGCCGACCCACGUGGCACAGGCAUCAAGGUUGGGGAGUGGUGGAAGGACCGCCUGGACUGCCGGCAGUGGGGCGCCCACUUCCCGCACGUGGCGGGGAUUGCGGGGCAGAGCAACGUGGGGGCCCAGUCUGUGGUCCUCUCCGGAGGGUACGAGGACGACCGUGACGAAGGGGAGUGGUUCCUCUACACCGGCUCUGGCGGGCGCGACCUGUCUGGAAACAAACGCACCAGCAAGGUGCAAUCCUUCGACCAGACGUUUGACAACAUGAACAAGGCGCUGAAGCUGUCCUGCACCAAGGGUCUGCCGGUCCGUGUGGUGCGGUCCUACAAGGAGAAGCGCUCGGCGUACGCCCCCGGGGUGGAGACCCCCGUGCGGUACGACGGCGUGUACCGCAUCGUCCGCUGCUGGCGCAAGCCGGGCGCGCAGGGCCCCCUCAUGUGCCGCUACCUCUUCAUGCGCUGCGACAAUGAGCCAGCCCCCUGGUCCUCGGAGGGUGAGGGCGUGUGGGACCAUGGGGGUGUGGUGGCCGGCCUGCGGAGCUUCGAGGGUGCAGAGGCGGACAACACCGGGGACCGGCCCGUGGACGACGCCGCGCUGCCCGCCCCCGCCCUGGAGGAGAUGAAGCAGGCCGACAAGGGGCAGGUCUACUCCAUGGCAGACAAGCCCUGGUGGGGCUGGCUGGAGGACAAGCAGGAGUGGGGCUGGACCCGCGCCGCCCCGGUCAGCCAGCAGCGCGCCGGCGGCGAGGAGGGCGGGUCCAAGACCGUGCGAAAGCGCCUGUCGGAGCAGGAGCGCGCGCUGCGGGAGUUUGCCUGCGGCAUCUGCAAGAAGACGGUGGUGGACCCGGUGUCCACGCCCUGCGGCCACAACUUCUGCAAGGCGUGCCUGGACAAGAAAUUUGCCGGCAUUGCCGAUGAGGUGGCGGGGGGUGGCCACGCCGCAGGCAUCCGCUCCAUCCGCGUCAGGAAGCAGCUCAAGCCCUGCCCGACCUGCAAGACGGAUCUGAUGGAGUUCCUGAAGGGCGCGGCGGUCAACCGCGACAUGGCCGAGGUCGUCGCCAAGCUGCAGGAGAGCAUCGCACGUGCUCGUGAAGAGGCCAGCGGGGCGGCCGGCGAGGAGGGCGAGGAGGGUGUGGCCGCCGUCGACGAGGGGGGCGAGGAGGGUGUGGCCGGCGUCGACGAGGAGGCCGAGGAGGGCGCAGGCGUGUCUGACGGCGAGGGCGCGUCUGACGCCGCAAUUGUGUCUGAGGACGCGGCACCAGCUGCGGCGCCGGAGCAGCCGGCAUCCUCGGCCGAGACAGGGCCUCGGGAACCUGCCAUAUCUGCCCACCAGGUCGAGGCCCUGAGCCCGAUUCCGCCUUCCGUGCCGGCCCCUCCAUCCCAGCAGGACAAGGUCACCGUGGCGCUGAUCGAGGAGUAUGAGGACUUUGAUGCGGGCCUCAUCCAGGCCCUCAUGGAGCAGGAAGACAACGACGAGGCGGCGGUGCGCUACUGCCUGCGGAGGAUGCGGGCCCAGGUGGCGGCGGAGGCCAAGAAGCAGCAGAAGCAGGCACAGCUGGUGGGUGCCUCAGCCGGCGGGGACAAGGCAAUGGCUUCUGAGGUGGCCCCUGCGGCCGAGCCAGCGGUUGCCGGGGGACGGGCAAAGCGUGCCCGUCGCUGA